AUGGAAGAGGGGAAGAGUUUGGAAAGCGUCGCAGGGCAAGUGCUCGGAGGCCAGAGUGGGAUGCAGGACGGGAGCUUUCCUAUGCCGCGUGCGCGAAGAAAGGACCUAGUCUUGGGCAGGACGACCUUACCAUGGAGCCGGAGACAACUAUCCGAAGCAGGUAAAGGCGAGAUGAAUGAGUCGCGCGCGGUCAAUGCUAGGACGUUUGUCGCUCAGUCGGCGAAAAGUGGCGCUUUUAAGACGGGCCGUGCGAACGAAGGGGCCAGGGCGCAAUCAGAAAAGGCGCGAAACCACAUCAGUCGCAAAAAGGAACAGCUCCAGGGCGCGAUGCGACAGGGCGCGGGAGGCGGCCCAGCACUGGCUCAGGCACACGCGCGCCGAGGGGGUCGGGUAAGUGGUGGAGGUGGAGGUGGAGGUGAUGGUGGAGGUGAUGGGAGUAAUAUUAGGGCUGGUAAGGGUGGUGGUGAUGAUGAUGGUGAUGAUGACAAGGGGGGGGGGGGGGCGAGGCCAGAGGCAGAGAGGCAGAGGCAGCGAGCAGCAGUUAAUGACACCAACGCCCAGCGCACAUGGGACGACGGCGAGGGCGACGGCGGCGACCACGACGACCACGACGACCACGAAGACGGCGAGGACGACGGCGGCGGUGGGCAAAGACAGGUGAAGAGACGGCCGAUUAGCGCAGGGCAAAUGGGCGGGCAGCGUGCACCAAAGGACGGUCAGAGACAUCAGAGAGCUUCUGCAGCUUCGCUUGUGCACGCCCAGCCCGCGCAGGGUUGGGCGGGGGGUCCACCAGACGCGCAGUGUGGGCGCAGGGGUGUGUGUGUCCAAACCACGCAUGGCCGGCUGCUCCAGGGCGUCACAGUGGUAGCAGUCGCAGCAAGUCGCAGUAGUACAGCAAACGUCGCUCCCGUCCAUGGCAACCGCGCAGCCAUGUCCAUCCCUUUCCCUGUCCAUGUGCAAUCUGCAUCUGCCUCGUCCACCAGAAACUGGCCUGUCCGCCCCGGCCCUUGUGGCUGGCCGUCGCUGGCCGCUUUGUUUCGUGCGGCUUGCGCGCUUCUCCGCUCACCACCAACACCAGUCCUCUCCGCAGCGACCCUGGUGCAGCUUGAGGCAAGCCUGAAGCUGAUCCGAGCUCGUCGAGGCACUAGUCAACAUGCCCAGUCCUCCCAGCCUCCACUCUACUGCCGCACCAAGGCAUUCGAGAAGGCUCGUGGAAGUGAUGCGUUGCAGGUGGCGUCCAGACAGCUCGUCCCCAAUCUCCGUCAAAAGGGACGUGGAAAUCCGCGACUAUCAUGGCUGCUACCACUAACCACUGCUGCUCCCGCUGCUGCUGCCCAAAGAUCUGCACUCGCACGCUGCGGAUCCUGGCGAAACUCCUAUAGGCAGCCUGGUGGCACAUGGCCAGAUGGUGCGUAUACUCCCUGCACUACCCAUUUGCCCGCGUCGUACGGUUGCGGUGGGAAAACGCGGCUCUCGGCCUGUUUCACCAUGACAAAACACUCUCGGGAAAAUCCUGGAUGUUAUUUAGCGCGCCCAGUGGUCGCUGCUGCUAAGCCCGUCGCAGCAGUGGCCAUUGAAGCCAUUUUGUCAGAUGACCAGCCGACUCUGCCCGGUCCUGUCCGCCGACGCUACGCCAAGUUGCGGUCUGCUUCAACCUCGAUGAUUGCUGCUGCCAAAACCAUGUCCGAUAGACGACUCCUCUCCCCCACAGCCCGAGCCGUGUGA